CUGGACUAUUGCAAUCCAAGCCUCCUCCCCUCUCUCUCUCUCUCUCUCUCUCUCUCUGUGCAAAAAACCCACAAAUUUUCUCUCUCGCUCUCUCGAAUACGUGAUCGGAUUUGUUCACCGCGAAGUUGCAUGUCCGAUUGAGACAGUCCCACCGGUGCAUAUCGGCGUACGGAUCAAAAUCUCUCUCCAGCGAGGUAAGAAUUCUACAUUCUACCUCUGCAUUCACAGAGUGUGAAAAUUUGUAUGAUUUUUCUUUGCUUUAGUUCAGAUCUGUUAAUGCUUGAUUUGGGAGGGGUUUAUUGGUUUUUGAUGGUCAAUUUGAUGUGAAUUUUGUGUUAAUUGGUUGAAAAUUUGAGGGCUUUAUUAGGGUUAUUGCAUGAGAUGGAAGAUGGAGUGAGAUCUAGUGGGGGUUUGGUGAAGAAGAAGAGUUCUUCUGGUUGUUUGAUCAGAAAGAAGAAAGUGGAGGGGACGAGUGGGGUUGGGGUUUCUGGGUCAAGAAAGGAUUUCCAGUCAAAUAAGGAGAUAAAAAGGUCGCGGUUCGAUUUCAGUGAUUCGGAGUCGAUUGAUGAGUUGCUAGAGCCAGUUCGAAGGAAAGUUGUUUACGGAACUGAUAGAUUUCGUAAUGGUUCGGCUGUGAAUAGUGAAAACCUUGUGGAAGAUAGCAAAUUUGGUCAGAAUGGGGAAAUUGGGAGUGAAAGGAAGAAGAGGCUAGAUGCACGUGAGUUCUAUGACUAUGAUGGUAUUGAUGGAAAGAGAAUGAGGAAGGAUUAUUUACAAAGUAGGUUUAUGAUUGCUGGACGGAGUGGGAGUGAGCGGGAAUUUGAAACUGGGUCUAUUAGACAUGUCAUGAUGAACAAGAGAAGUGAGAGGGAAUUUGAAACUGGGUCUAGUAAACAUGUCAUGAUUGACAAGAGAAAGCAUUCUUAUUUUGACGGUGCAAGUAACUCAUCAGCUGGGAGGAAAAAUGUUCCUGAUUAUACUGUAAAGAGUAGGUUUGGGAUAGAGGACGGUGAAGCUCAUUUACCCGUGUCGUCUUUGAGACGGGAGUUUCAUGUUUCGUCUGAUGAGACUAUCAGGUUGCAGGGUAAAAAUGGUGUUUUGAAGGUGAUGGUAAACAAAAAGAAGAAGAUGGAAGAACUACCUCACAAAUUCUAUGAUCGUCAGUUGGAAGUUGAGAGUAGAAAGGGUUCUAUUUCUGAAAAUGCUAUCAAGAAGAACACAUUUGUCGGACCUUCAUUGUACUCGUGUUCAAAACGGCAUGAAAAAGAGACAUCCGUCGGGCCUUCAUUUUACUUGGGUUCAAAAUGUCAUGAAAAAAACUCAUCUGUCGGACCUUCAUUUUCCUUGGAUUCAAAACAUCCUGAAAAAAACACAUCUGUCAAACCUUCAUUUUACUCGGAUUCAAAAUGUCCUGAAAAAGCAAUUUCAUUUGUUAAAACGGAGAAGAGUGAGCUAAAACUGCGAAAGCCAUUGUCUGUGAUUUCUAAGGCUGGCAAUUCAGAAACAGAGGACAGUGAUACGUUGUUGAGGCUGGGACCAAGUGUACAAGCUCGUAGCUCAUCAAAAGGGGUAAAAAGCGAAGGGAAAGCUCCAUCAGCUGAAAAGAUCAUGCCAGAUAGAGGGGAGGAAGGAAAAGUAAAGCGUGGUUAUGGCAAAGAAAAGCAAUUAUUGCGUGACACAUCAUUGAGUCUGGGACCAAGAGUGCAACGUUGUGGCUCGUUAAAAAGGGUAAAGAAGAGUGAAGGGAAAGCACCAUCAGCUGAAAAGAUCAUGCCAGAUACAGGGAAGGAAGGAAAAGUAAAGCGUGGUUAUGGCACAGAAAAGCAAUUAUUGCGUGAAAAGAUAAGGGCUAUGCUUGUGAGUGCUGGUUGGACAAUUGAUUAUAGACCUAGAAGGAACAGAGACUACUUAGAUGCAGUUUACAUUAAUCCCACAGGAACAGCAUACUGGUCCAUUAUUAAAGCUUAUGAGGCGCUUCAAAAGCAAUUGGAGGAAGAAGAUGCUGAAAUAAAACCUACUGGGCACUCCUUGCAAUUUACUGCAUUACCAGAGGAGGUAGUUAGUAAAUUAACUAGGCAAACCCGAAAGAAGGUUGAGAAGGAAAUGAAGAGGAAGCGAAAAGAUCAUGGUAGGAGUAAGACUGUUAAAGGAGUUUCCAUGGAAGAGUUUGCAGAGGGCACAGUCGGUGAUGAGGAUGACAAGAAACUAAAUUUCGUCAUGAAGCAGAAUGGUAAGUCACCAAAAGGGAGAUCACAUGGAACAACUUGUGUGAGUGGAGAUAAUUCAAGUGGUGCUUUAUACAAGGGAUCAUCCAAGCAAGAGAGGGCUGAAAAACCAUCCACCACAACCAAUUCUCAUAUGAUACAAGCAAGAAAAAGUCGAAAAAUUGGCAGAUGUACCUUAUUGGUUCGCAGUUCUGAUAAGAAGUUAAAUUCAGAAAGCGACAGCUAUGUUCCAUAUACGGGGAAAAGAACCCUGCUUUCAUGGCUGAUUGAUUCUGGAAUGGUGCAUUUAAGUGAAAAGGUGCAGUACAUGAACCGUAGACGGACACGGGUAAAGCUGAAGGGUUGGAUUAGUAGAGAUGGCAUACAUUGUGGUUGCUGUAGCAAAAUCCUUACAGUUUCGAAGUUUGAGAUUCAUGCUGGAAGCAAACUGCGACAGCCAUUCCAAAACAUAUACGUGGAGUCUGGGGUUUCCCUUUUGCAACGUCAGAUUGAUGCUUGGAAUAAACAAGAGGAGUCUGAACGCUGUGGUUUUCACCCUGUGGAUGUUGAUGGUGAUCCAAAUGAUGAUACUUGUGGCCUCUGCGGCGAUGGUGGGGAUUUGAUAUGUUGUGAUGGUUGUCCAUCAACAUUUCAUCAGAGCUGCUUAGAUAUACAGAUGCUUCCUGCGGGUGAUUGGCACUGCCCGAACUGUACGUGCAAAUUUUGUGGUAUUGCUGGUUUGGUUAAUGCUCAUAGAAAUGGUACAAAUGUCGGUGUGCUUUUGACUUGUGGCCUGUGUGAGAAAAAAUAUCAUGAAUCCUGCAGUAAGGAGAAGGAUGCUUUACCUGAUGAUUCAAAUUGUUUAUCCACUUCCUUUUGUGGGCAGAAAUGUCGAGAGCUCUUUGACCAUUUAGAGAAGCUUCUUGGGGUCAGACAUGAAUUGGAGGCAGGAUUCUCAUGGUCUAUCGUUCAUCGAACAGAUCUGGACACAGAUGCAUCUGACCAUGGGUUUCCACAGAGGGUGGAAUGUAAUUCUAAGCUUGCCGUUGCACUCUCUGUUAUGGAUGAGUGCUUUUUGCCUAUUGUUGAUAGGAGGAGUGGGAUCAAUUUGAUCCAUAAUGUUCUCUAUAAUUGUGGAUCAAACUUAAGUCGCCUGAACUAUAGUGGCUUCUAUACUGCCAUUUUGGAGAGGGGUGAUGAAAUCAUUUCUGCAGCAUCCAUCAGGAUCCACGGGACCCAACUAGCAGAGAUGCCAUUCAUUGGGACACGUCAUAUAUAUAGACGCCAAGGGAUGUGCCGUCGGCUUUUUUCCGCAAUUGAAAUGGUGCUCUGCUCUCUCAAAGUUGAGAAAUUGAUUAUUCCAGCCACUGCUGAGCACAUGCAUACAUGGACUGGAGUGUUUGGUUUCAAUCCACUUGAGGAGUCACAGAAGCAAGAAAUGAGAUCCAUGAAUAUGUUGGUGUUUCCUGGUACAGAUAUGUUACAGAAGCUGCUUGUGGAACAAAAAACCACUGAUGGAAAUAUAAUUGCUAACUCAGGUGUAAAGUCUGUUAUGAUCAAAGUCAAACAUCAUCUUAUGCCUGAUUUAGCAAAAAAAUCUGAUGCGGAUUCCUUGGCUGGGUGUGACCUCAACAUCUGUGAUGAUGCUAGUUUGCAAAAUGCUGAUGAGAUUAAUGACAAGGCUGCUGCUGUAGAUUCCAGUUUGCAAGUUCCAGACAUUCCCUCAAAUGAUAAGGCAUGUUUGGAUAGUUCUUUUGAUGUUCCUUCUGAACCUGAAGUCCCAGUCUUGAGUGAGGUGAAGACUACUCAGUCAGUAGAAAACUUAACCGAAUCUUCUGUGAAUCAUGCCCUCCUUGAGAUGGAAAACCCUGUAUUAGAUCCUUCAGUUAAAGGUAAGUCUUCUAUGGAGAAAGUUAUAAAUGACGUUCAUGAAGCAAAUAUUGAAGCUGCUGUUAUGGGGCCCGUUCAUGAUUUAUUAGGUGAAUCUUCAACCAUGAAUACUGCUGAGGAGAUCAAGGGAGAUCAGAAUUUUCUCUCUGGUUCCACUUUGAAUGGAACAGAUGAUACUACCAAGAAAUUAAACUCUGACUUGAAUCCGAGUGCAGUUGACAUGGAAUGCAAGCUGCAUGUUGCUUCAGAGGUUUCUUCUGAAGCCAAAGUCGAACUUGUUGAAGAUAAUAUCCAGUCUUCUACAGCGAGUGACAGUGAUGGUGCUCGUGAAACUAAUUUUGAAGUUGCUUAUGUUAAACCUGUUCUGGGUUCUUUUGGUGACAUUUCUGGACAGAAUACUACUGAGGAAAUAAAUGAUAAUCUGAAUCCUGUUUCUCUUUCUACUCCUUGUGAUACUGAUGAGAGUAACAUGCGAUGCAGCUCUGAUUUGAAUCAUCAGAGUACAUUUGAGGUGGAAAGUGAAUUUCUUGUGCCUCAUGAAUUUAAUGACAAAGUUGCUUGUGUUAAACCAGAUCGUGAUUGUUUUGGUGAAAUUUCUGCCCAGAAUAAAGAUGUCAAUGAAGAUCAGAAUCCUGUUUCUGCUUUGGUUUUCGAUGAGAGUACCAUUCGAUUCGACACUGAUAUGAAAAAGGUGGAAAGCAACUUGCAUGCAGCUUCGGAAGAAGUUGCAAAAGUUAGAAGUAAUAUUCCUUCUAAUGCAGACGAUGAUGCAGGUGAAGAUGCUAAUGAGGUAAAUGUAAUUGAUGCAUCUGUUGAACCUAUUGUUAACUCUUCAGAUGGAACUUCUGUGGGGAUUGCAACUGAGGUAGUCAAGGAAAAUGUCGCAGUUUCAACUUUCCAUGGAUCCCACCACUCUGGUGGAAGUACUGUUCAAUUUGAAUCUGACUGGAUUCAUCAUAGGGCUACUGAGAUGGAAACUGUAAUUGAUGUUUCUGUUGAACCGAUUGUUAACUCUUCAGAUGGAACUUCUGCGGAGAAUGCAACCAAGGUAGUCAAGGAAAAUGUCACAGUUUCAACUUUCCAUGGAUCUGAUGACUCUGCUGCCAGUACUGUUCAAUUUGAAUCUGGCUGGAUUCAUCAUAGUGCUACUGAGGUGGAAACUGAAAUUCAUGUGGAUUCAGAAAUCCCAGCUGAUGCAAUGUUUUGUGAAAGUGAUAUUUAAUUAUCUAGUGCAAAUUGAGGGAUUGAUGACAUUUUGAUCUGCUUGUAUCUGAUAUGAUCUUGAUAGCCAUGCAUCACAAAUGCUGGAAUGCAGCUUAUAUUCUUGGUUUCGAGGGCUCUGUUGCAAUUACUGUUUCAUGAAUCAUGAUAGCCAAAAUUCAUAGGGCAACCGAUGCGAUCUCCACCGCUUUGAAGUAUGAAUUCCAGGGUUCUGGUCAAGGCAGCAAAUUCUAGGGUACUGGUCCAAGACAGUGCACAAUGAUUAUCGGUUCCAGAAGAUUUGAAGAGGUUAGCAAAUGUGCCUUUGCUGUGAUUUGCAAUUUACCAAAAUAGCUUUGGAUAUUGGGAAGCCCAGUGGUGAAGUUCUCUGCCUUGUUAAUGUUUUUCCUGGAAUUCGGCCAACAGCUUUUGUGAUGUGCUGAGUUUGUUAGAUAAAUACUCUGAAUUUUAGCUUUUCUUGUGUACAUUUUAGAUUUGUUUUUUGUGUUUUCUGUGUUUCAAGGCCUUGUAAUUUAUCAUUUUGACAUGGUAAUUUGGUCCUCACAUGAGGCUAGGCAAUUCUUGGACAGGUCAGUCCUCCGUAGGUCGUGGAACUACCAUCAUGAGUUAUGUAAUUUACAACAGUUUUAGUUGCAGAUCCUGAUCUUAUGAACCGAGUAUAAAAUAAAUUGUUCUCUUUUUAACUCAA